GGUCUGAUCAUAACCAUGAGCGGAAGAGGCAAGACCGGCGGAAAGGCUAGGGCCAAGGCCAAGACUCGUUCCUCCAGAGCUGGGCUGCAGUUCCCUGUGGGCCGUGUGCACAGGCUCCUACGUAAAGGCAACUACGCCGAGCGCGUCGGUGCCGGCGCUCCGGUCUACCUGGCCGCCGUGCUGGAGUAUCUGACUGCUGAGAUCCUGGAGUUGGCCGGCAACGCCGCCCGUGACAACAAGAAGACCCGUAUCAUCCCCCGCCACCUGCAGCUCGCCGUGCGUAACGAUGAGGAGCUGAACAAACUGCUCGGCGGGGUGACCAUCGCUCAGGGUGGUGUGCUGCCUAACAUUCAGGCCGUGCUUCUGCCCAAGAAGACCGAGAAGACCGUCAAGACCAAGUAAACGCGCCCACUGCUGCGUCUGAUCAUAACCAUGAGCGGAAGAGGCAAGACCGGCGGAAAGGCUAGGGCCAAGGCCAAGACUCGUUCCUCCAGAGCUGGGCUGCAGUUCCCUGUGGGCCGUGUGCACAGGCUCCUACGUAAAGGCAACUACGCCGAGCGCGUCGGUGCCGGCGCUCCGGUCUACCUGGCCGCCGUGCUGGAGUAUCUGACUGCUGAGAUCCUGGAGUUGGCCGGCAACGCCGCCCGUGACAACAAGAAGACCCGUAUCAUCCCCCGCCACCUGCAGCUCGCCGUGCGUAACGAUGAGGAGCUGAACAAACUGCUCGGCGGGGUGACCAUCGCUCAGGGUGGUGUGCUGCCUAACAUUCAGGCCGUGCUUCUGCCCAAGAAGACCGAGAAGACCGUCAAGACCAAGUAAACGCGCCCACUGCUGCGUUUGCCAGUACCCAAAGGCUCUUUUAAGAGCCACCCACUUCUGCUCCAAAAGUGCAAUGUUAUUCCUAUCUUCUUAAUACAAAGCAAACGCAGUUAAAAUCAGGACAUGAACACUCUAAUUUGCUAAGAAUUAUAUAUUUAUAUAUAAUAUAAUAAAUAAUUAUAUACAUGGAAACUAUCCAAGUAGUCGUAGUAGCAGUAGUAAUAAUAAUAAUAUGAAUGAUAAGAAUAAGAAUAACAAUAAUAGUGAGGCGUGUUGGCUAAAUGCAGUGUGAGGGAUGAGAAUAUGUUUUGACGGCGGGCGGUUUGUGUGUAACUGGUGAAUGGCAGAGUACAAAAGCGCUGCGCGCCCGUGGAAUAGGGGCGGGCGCCUUGUGUUUCGAACUGUGCCGGUGGC